AUGUUUACCAAGUCCCCUGAUGAAGAGCGAUCUCCACAUAAACCUGGCAGGGUCAGAUUGGUGUGGGACGCGGCAGCUCAAUCAUCGGGAGUAGCCUUAAAUGACUUUCUUCUAAAGGGACCCGAUUUGCUCGUGCCCUUGCUGCAGAUUAUGUUUAACUUUAGAAUGAGAGCAAUUGGCGUGAGCGAUGAGUUUCCUUCGGCAGCUAAAGCUAUUCAGAGAAGUCACUACGUAGACGACUACAUCGAUUCAUGCCAUUCAGAAGAAGAAGCCAUUACAUUAGCGAAGGAAGUUAGAGAAGUCCAUGCACGCGGGGGUUUCCAUAUGCGCAAGUGGUGUUCGAAAUCCAAACGGGUACUCGCUGCGCUUCGCGACACAACAACCUACGAAGAAAAACAGUUCUUUAACGGUGAAGAGAUACACUCUUAUGAGAAAAUAUUGGGCAUGCGGUGGAGCCCACGUCAAGAUGCCUUCACCUAUGCACUAAAGUUUGUACGCCUGAAGCGCAACAUAAUAACGACAAAAGUCGCACCAACCAAAAGGGAAAUUUUACAAGUUUUGAUGUCAGUUUUUGACCCCAUGGGUUUUGUAUCCUGUAUAAUGAUGUAUCUCAAAAUACUGCUCCAACAAGUUUGGCGAUCGAAGAUUGAUUGGGAUGAGGAAAUACCACUCAACCUGCAGGAUAUGUGGCAAUCAUGGCUGUCCUUCUUACCCUUGAUAGAGAACGUGCAAAUUCCGAGAUGCUAUUUUAAAAAUUGGCAUGCAGAAGACUGCCAAGUUCAAAUUCACGUAUUCGUGGAUGCGGGAGAAGACGCCUACUCUGCCGUUGCGUAUUUCCGUAUCGAACAGAAUAACCAAAUACUUUUGAGUCUCGUUUCAGCCAAAUCCAAGGUAGCUCCAUUGCAGCCGCUCUCGAUACCCCGCUGGGAGCUACAGGCAGCAGUAACUGGAGCGCGACUGAUGAAAAACAUAAUAGCACAACAUGAAAUCGACUUUGAGGAAUGUUACUUAUGGACCGACUCGAAAACGGUACUAUCGUGGCUCGAUGGAGACCCACGACGAUAUCAACAAUAUGUAAUGUUUAGGAUAGCCGAGAUAUGUGAGCUCACCGAGGCCAGAAUCUGGAGAUGGGUACCAAGCAAACUAAAUGUUGCGGACAUCGACACCAAACGACAACAUAGGCCUGAAACAUACACACAAUGGUUCGAAGGACCCAAAUUCUUAAAACUACCGCCGGCAGAUUGGCCGACGGAAACUACCAAUGAAAGGACAGGCAAUAGCAUGUUGGCUUGCUAUACCGGAACAUACAACAAGAAUGUUACAACGAAGAGUACACAGCCAUCGAAAACGGCCACCACGUUUGCCGGAGCAGUCCACUAUGGAGGUUACAACUCUUCCUAA